CGCUGCUCAGCGAGAUGUGGAAAGCGACAAUGGGUCCCAACUUUAUCUCAGCUACAACGCUGGAGUCAGCGCGUGUGAGAAGGGCCAGCAGUGGAACCAGGCUUUGGCGCUGCUCAGCGAGAUGUGGGAGGUGAAGCUGAAACCCAGCGUCAUCAGCUACAACGCUGGGAUCAGCGCGUGUGAGAAGGGCCAGCAGUGGCACUGGGCUGUGGUGCUGCUCACCCAGAUGCGGGAGGCGAAGCUGGAGCCCGACGUCAUCAGCUACAGCGCUGGGAUUAGCGCGUGUGGGAAGGGCGAGCAGUGGAACCAGGCUUUGGCGCUGCUCAGCGAGAUGUGGGAGGUGAAGCUGAAACCCAGCGUCAUCAGCUACAACGCUGGGAUCAGCGCGUGUGAGAAGGGCCAGCAGUGGCACUGGGCUGUGGUGCUGCUCACCCAGAUGCGGGAGGCGAAGCUGGAGCCCGACGUCAUCAGCUACAGCGCUGGGAUUAGCGCGUGUGGGAAGGGCGAGCAGUGGAACCAGGCUUUGGCGCUGCUCAGCGAGAUGUGGGAGGUGAAGCUGAAACCCAGCGUCAUCAGCUACAACGCUGGGAUCAGCGCGUGUGAGAAGGGCCAGCAGUGGCACUGGGCUGUGGUGCUGCUCACCCAGAUGCGGGAGGCGAAGCUGGAGCCCGACGUCAUCAUUAGCUACAGCGCUGGGAUCAGCGCGUGUGCGAAGGGGAAGCAUUGGCACGUGGCGUUGGCGCUGUUCAGCGAGAUGUUGGAGGCGAAGCUGGAGCCCAACGUCAUCAGCUACAACACUGCUAUUAGCUCGUUUGAGAAGGGCGAUCAGUGGCACUGGGCUUUGGUGCUGCUCAGCGAGAUUUGGGAGGCAAGGCUGGAGCCCGACGUCAUUAGUUACAACGCUGGGAUCAGUGCGUGCGAGAAGGGCAAGCAAUGGUACCGGGCUUUGGUGUUGCUUAGCCAGAUGUGAGCGGUGCAUGUCGUCAACAGUAGUCCCCGGGUCGGCCCCAGUCAUCUACACUACAACGCAGACGGCGCCGCUUGCGGGAAGGGCGGGGUACCCCAUGACCCAA